UUUAGACUCGAAGCUGCGGAAGAAGGGCCGCGAGCUCGGCCGUGCUCCGAUGGCCUGAUACGUACUGCGAGACGCAUUCAUGAAGCUCCACUGCCCUGACUCGUCGAUGGGCGUGCGGGGGUGACUGGAGUGAUGGGAUGGGGCCAGAGCCCCAUGGAGUUCGGGUAGACCCGUCUCCGGCCCAGCUCCCCAGCCCCCUCCGCCAUCGAUAUCGACACCGCUCCUGCCAGCGACGCAGAGGGCCGCCUCGAUCGCGAUGGAGGCCUCUAGCAAUCAACAACAAAAAGAGAAGGAGCCACGCGUUCACAGGCCUUACGCCUUCGACAAGAUGGAGGGGCUGGUGCGGGAGAUGCAAGACCCUGAGAGCGGGGUACCCGUGCGCAGCCAAAAACAAUUUCUCACCUCGAUCCCUUCAGCGUUCAUGGGUGAGUGCCAUCGGUACCUGCGUUGUGGAGUAAGCGUAAGCGGCCAUCACGGCCAGGACACUACAGUAGGCUGCCUGCGUGUUGCAGGUUACGACCUCAUCGAGUGGCUGAUGGAGCGGCUUGCCAUCGAAGAAUCAGUAGAGGCGGUCCAUAUUGCUAAUCAACUAUGCCAGUAUGGCUACUUCUUCCCGGUGAAUGACUCCAAGACACUUACUGUUAAGGACGAUAGCUCUCUGUAUAGGUUUCAGACACCCUAUUAUUGGCCGUGGCAACAUAGAACCCCCGACAACGUGGAGUACGCGAUCUAUCUGGCUAAACGAACUCUGAGGAACAAACAACGUCACGCUCUUGAGGAUUAUGAGACCGAAGCUUUGAACAGCCUGCGUAAGAACUUGCAGAACAAGUGGGACAUAAUACAACUACAAGCGGAAGAACAGGUACGCUUAUCUAAGGAGCGCAAGAAAGGCGACAAGAUAGUGAGCGAUUCGCAGGAACGAGCAUUUUGGAGAGUGUAUCGACCACCACCCGGUUGUCUCAGUAGCCUGGAAGCCGUGCCCGUACCCACUCGUUUUCGUCCUGGACUUCCACGACCUCCGUCACGUAAACGCACUCUCACCGAUCUGCAACGUGAGGUGGCCCUUCUACGGAACAGUUUGAUACGCACGAGGAUAAAAGUUUCGACUGCGAUCGAAAAUUUGAAAUCAUACUUCGAAACGUACGUGGAAUACGAUCCAAUGUUCGUACAGCCGCAACCUUCCAAUCCAUGGGUCACCGACGAUCAUACGUUUUGGCAACUGAAUAGUAGCUUAGUGGACGUUCCUACAGAAAAACGCGUUAAACGAUGGGCGCUGUCGAUGGAAGAACUUAUGUCUGAUCCUACAGGUUUACAAGAAUUCACGAAUUAUUUAAGAAAGGAGUACAGCCACGAGAAUAUAAGAUUUUGGCUGGCGGUCAAAGAUCUCAGGCAUAGUUUUCAAGCACAAAUACCUGACAAAGUCAACGAAAUUUUUAGAGAAUUCCUGGCACCUGGAGCUCCGUGCGAAAUCAAUAUAGACGGGAAAACGAUGGAGAGGAUUCAUCAGGAAAUGAAAAAUCCGAGCAGGUUUACGUUUGAUUCCGCCGCGGAGCAUGUAUAUACGCUACUGCUAAAGAAGGACUGCUACCCUAGAUUUAUUCGUUCCGAUCAAUAUCGUAAUCUCUUAGCUGCCGGCGUGCAACCUCUGCAGAAGAAGAGAUUUUUCGUCUUUGGCGGCCAAGCAAAGAAGAAAGUUUCCUCCACUUCGACACCAACGCCUAGCACUUUGCAGCACGCUAACAUAGGUAGUGGCGGCAGACGAAGAGGAAGCGACCGGAGUCUGUCUGGAAGCGCCCACGAGCUCGCGGUGUGCGGCGUCCGUGACGUCAGUUCCGCGCCGCGUGUUCCGCACUCCCACAGCCAGUCGAAUCUCACCGACAUCCCAUACAGGGAUGCUGGCGCGACGGAAGUGGCAGUUCGCCCUAUGGACGACGUGUGCCCGUGGGAGGCCGUGCCGGGCCCGAGCACGGAGCACGGGGCAACGGGAGACACCGUGUCCUCUGGAAGGACAGUGUCAGCUGAUCAGGCCCGACACGUGUGGGACAGUGGCGGUCACGGGACGACCGCACACUCCGUCGAGGCGCGUGCCUCCCGGAAGAAUUCGGCACAGUUGGACUCGUGCAGCUCGUCGUCGGACGUCAGCCUUGCUAUCGCGGACGUCUCCGAACGGUUGCGGAAGUCGUGUAGUUUGCAGCAUAGCGGUAGCAUAGGUACAUCGACUUCAGGCCCGAUAACGCGAAAUUAUUCUACCUGCUCAGCGAGCGGUCGUAUCAGGCUGGCCGAGAUAGGUCGUGUAUCCGUGUCAUCCUGUAAUUAUCCGUCGCCCCAACAGUCAUUCGAGUACUCCCACGCGGUGGUCGAAAAGGUCGAAGAGAGAUCAUCCCUGGAGAAGAUCGUGCCCGAGGAGGAAACUGUCGCGGAAGCCGUCGUCGUGAAGGAGAGCCAGCCGAGUCCUAAGACGAGCGCGAAGGCGCCCUUGAUCAGCAUCAGCGCGAUCGUAGGCGAUCUACCGAGUGACAAUUCCACGAUGGAGAACGCCGACGAGGACGCGAGCGAAAGCUGCACGGCAAAGGACGCGGGAGAGAUCGUCGGUGAGGAGAGAACAAAGGGCGAGGACACCGGGGCGGACGUGUCGCCGGUGGCCGAGGAACCGGCGACGACCGAGGAGCUGCCCGGGGAGGCGCAGGUCGUGCCUGUCUGGGAACCGGACGCCCAACAGGAGGACCGACCGGCGGCGGCGCAGGCAGAGCCUCGGGAGAAGCGUGACAAUAAUGUUAACGAAGUAUGCCCGUGGGAGGACGAGGAAAACUGUAGAGUGGAUGCACCCUAUGUAAAAACUUAUGCGACUUUAGGUUACUUGUAAUUUGUCGUUGAUAUUAAAUCUUGCAUUUUACAUUUACAAAACAUUCACAAAUUCGAUUUCCACUUUAAUCCACUUUACUGAUCUCGCGUGUCCAGACCCUUGCGCGACGAAGCUUCGAUCGCUUCCUUAAUUAAGCAAAGACACAAAGCAUCUUUUGAGAACAAAGUUUACUUACGCGGAAGGAUUUAAUAAGACGAGUGCGUUUAUACAGUCACACGACAGUAUUCAACUGCUGCAGACGGAUUUUCACGAUAUUGCGUCGGUAAUCACGAUGUUGCGUGCAAAGAUUGCGACAGUUCGUUCGAUAGAAUCGAUAACGCGAAAAUAUGUAUGUCGCGAGACGAAAAACGAGCAUCGACGUCUAGUCUCUAACGUUGCAUCGAGUAACUGUAUUUAUAUUAUAUACGUAUGGCCUAACGAUUAGAUUCGUUUGCUCGAGAUUAUUAGAAUCCGUGAUGGAUUCUGGUUAAAUCUCGACGCACGAUCAAGAACUUAAUUAGAACUCUUUCAUCCUUUCCGAUUACUAGAGUUAUUUAAUCUCUACUGUUUGUACCAUCGUCUCGGUAUACGUGAGUAAUAUUGAAAAAAAAAAAAAAUGCGCAAGAAUUAUUUGUGAAGGAAAGGGAUUGGGCGUUAUUGUUUAAAAAUUAGAGUUCAGUCUCCAAUGUUAUUCGUAGAUUAACGUAGAUUAAUGUAGACCAGCAACCUAGAAGAUGUGACAAGUAGCGAUAGAUCGUGUCUUUCUCUCUCUCUCUCUGUGUUGAGUAAAAGUUUCAACGGUGACGUGUUGCCGAGCAAAAGUAGUGAAGCAAAUUCGAGUGCGCGGAUUGGGAACUCGUUAUGCUCAGUUCGUAUCACGUGCAAACGCACGCUCGUAGAGUGCCAGCCAAACUUGAGCCAUUUGGCCGCUCUCCAUGGUCGCGCUUUUCCCGGAUACUCACUUUUCCGCGAGUCACACCUCGCGAAACUUUACGUUCCGAUAUCCCCGAAGUCUACGUUACAGAACGCGAUUUCAUCCUUAGAGACAUAAGUUCGUUCUCCAAUUCACCGAACUUCGCGAUUGACGAUGUUGUCCUCUGAUGACAUUGCAAUUAUUCUUAAGGUAUCUUGUUUACUCCCGAGAUACAUUUUGCAUCCCAAUACGCGGCGCGUAUACAUUAUUUCAAAGUGCACGUCUCCGUCUUACUUAUUAGAUUUAUCGCCUAGAGUUAGCGUGUCUUAUACGCAGUGUCUUACGAGCGUUCGAUAUUAAUUAUUGACAAAUUAUCGUGACCUGAUAUAUCUUAAGUGUCUAUUUCAUGUUAUAUAUACCAUAGUUCGCCAUUUGUCGUGAUCGCGUCGAGUUGAUUAAUCGAUGGCGAUUACGGUGACUUUAUGGCGUUUUACUCGUUGAGCCUCGCUUGAGCGAGUUGCGAAUUAACGAUUACAAAAGAAAAAAGAAUAAAAAAUAUUCGCGCGGAUCUAAAUGAUAUUGAUGCCCGUUGCUAUCGGAUCUCUGAUUCUGUUACUGCCCCAGGAUCCCCGAUCCGACGCUAAAAGAUCGAGAGGCUACUUAAUAAUUAAAUGCAAUUGUGCUCUUAUCUGUAUUUUAUCGGUGUCUUUUCGUGUAUAGUUUUAAGAUUAAAAUGAGAUAUAAUAAUUAUUAACACUAAUUACCGACGACAUGUUUGUUCGCGUUCAAUCACGAACCUUACGACGAUUCUGACGGCCAAACCCUCGUUUUUUCUCAACGAGAGGGGAAAGGAUAAUUUAACUGACAGGAACGAAGAACGAUUGCCUAAUUCCUGCACUUUACACGAAAAGAUGGAAAACGAACGAACGUGAAAAAAAAAAAAGAGUACGUGACGGUUCUAAUGCGUGAUAGUUUUUCUAAUGACUGAAUAUCGAAUCUCUAGAUGACAAUUCAUCUUGAAAGUUCUUCGAUUUAAGGAAGUAUUAUUUGCAUUUAUUUUUUACGUGCAAUAACGAGUAUAAAACACAAAAAAAAAGCAAAAGUACCCUGCAUUGACGAAUUAUUUGAGUGCAACGAGCCGUGUACGACGGUCUGGACACGCGAGUGUAAUCAUAAAGACUCUAAAAA